AUGUCAUCCUACAAGAGAGCGACGCUGGAUGAGGAGGAUUUGGUGGACUCCACCAGUGAGGAUGUUUACUCGUCAACACCUAUGCAGGUGACCUUUAUGCAAGGCAGAGGUGGCGCAUGUUGGGCUGACAAGACGUACAGGGAGAGAAGGCUGCUGUUUGUUGUGUGUGUUCUGUCAGUCGCCCUCUUCGUAUCGCUCAUCGCCGCUGGAGUUUUCUACAAACAGGCACACCCAGGCUUGUGCCUGCAGGAGCCAUGCGUCACCAUGGCCGGUGCAGUCCUGGGAUCCCUGGACAGAACUGUAGACCCCUGCCAUGACUUCUACAACUUUGCUUGCGGGGGGUGGGUGAAAAGCAACCCGCUUCCGGAGGGAAAGUCCCGCUGGGGUCCGUUCAGUAACCUGUGGGAACACAACAUGCUUGUAAUGAAGCGUUUAUUAGAAAACACAACACUGAAAGGUUUAAGCAAGGCUGAAGAAAAAGCCCAGCGGUAUUAUCAGGCCUGCAUGAAUGAGACCAAGAUCGAGGAAUUAGGAGCUAAGCCUCUACAGCAGCUAAUCAGCCAGAUAGGAGGCUGGGCUCUGACUGAACCCUGGGACAAGAACAACUUCCAGCAAGUUCUACGAACCGUCUCAGCCGGCUUACGCACGUCUCCUUUCUUCACGGUGUUCGUCAGCACCGACUCCAAAAACUCCAGCAGUAACAUCAUACAGGUGGAUCAGUCCAGCCUUGGACUACCCUCACGGGAUUACUACCUCAACAAAACGGCGAAUGAUAAGUAUUUGACGGCAUACCUCAACUUCCUGGUGGAGCUGGGCGUUCUCCUGGGAGCCUCGGAGGAGACGUCUCGGACGCUGAUGACGGAGAUCGUGGAGUUCGAAACCACCCUGGCCAACAUCACCGUGCCUCAGGAGGAGAGGAGAGACGAGGAGCUCAUUUACCAUAAAAUAGAGGCCAAAGAGCUGAAAACUCUGGCUCCUGCAGUGGACUGGAUGCCGUUUCUCGCCGAAGUGUUCACACCAGUGACGAUUAACGAAUCAGAGCCUGUGGUUGUUUAUGCCAAAGAAUACCUCCAGAAAGUGUCUGAACUCAUAGCUACCACAAAUAAAAGCCUUCUCAACAACUACAUGAUGAUGAAGGUGGUGAGAAAGAUGGUUUCUGUUUUAGACCAGAAGUUUCAGGAUGCUGAGCAGCAUUUCCUUGAAGUCAUGUAUGGAACUAAAAAGAGCUGCACUCCACGCUGGAAGCUGUGCGUCAGCGACACUGACAGCGCCCUGGGAUUUGCUCUCGGAGCCAUGUUCGUCAAAGACACCUUCGCCGAGGACAGCAAAGCCAUUGCUGAAGAGAUGGUUUCAGACAUUAAAUGGGCCUUUGAAGACAGCUUGAAAUACGUGAACUGGAUGGAUCCAGAAACCAAAAAAGCUGCAAAAGAAAAGGCUGAUGCCAUAUACAACAUGGUCGGAUAUCCAGAGUUUAUUAUGAAUGCCACAAAGCUGGACAAAGUGUUCAAUGAUUUUGAGGUGGUGUCAGAUCUUUACUUCCAGAACGUCAUGCAGUACUACAACUUCUCAGCCAGAGUGACGGCGGACCAGCUGAGGAAAUCUCCCAACAGAAACCAGUGGAGCAUGACCCCUCCAACUGUAAAUGCCUAUUACAACCCAACCAAGAAUGAGAUGGUUCUGCCAGCAGGAAUCCUUCAAGCCCCAUUCUACAGUCGAUCUUAUCCCAAAGCUCUUAACUUCGGUGGGAUUGGAGUGGUCAUGGGUCAUGAGCUGACUCACGCUUUUGAUGACCAAGGAAGGGAAUAUGACAAGGAUGGGAAUUUGCGUCCUUGGUGGAAAAACUCCUCCGUGGAGGCCUUCAAGAGGCAGACUCAGUGCAUGGUGGAGCAGUACGGCAAUUAUAGCAUCAACAAAGAGCCUUUAAAUGGAAAACACACUCUGGGAGAGAACAUAGCUGACAACGGUGGACUAAAGGCUGCUUACAAGGCUUACGACAACUGGAUCAGGAAGAACGGGGAGGAAGCCACGCUGCCUGCUCUGGGACUGACGAACCAUCAGCUGUUUUUUGUCGGGUUUGCACAGGUGUGGUGUGCCGUCAGAACACCGGAGAGCUCCCACGAGGGAAUAAUCACAGAUCCUCACAGCCCGUCAAGAUUUAGAGUCAUCGGCACCGUUUCCAAUUCGCGUGAAUUCUCGAAGCACUUUGGCUGCAAAGCAAACGCCCCUAUGAACCCUGAACAUAAAUGUGAGCUCUGGUGAUGUCAAGGGCUGUUGACAAAGGAGAAGGAAAGUGGACACUGAGUAAAGUACAAGAACCACUACCUGCCCUUGAUGCCUUGCCUCUUAAAGCUCAUCAGUCUCCGAUUUAGGACGUGUGUCUGGUUUUUGUGGAAGAUUUUCACGAGGUCAGCCUAAAUGUAGCUAUGAAUGUUUGUUUUUUUUUUCAACACAAACUGACCGUUAAGUUACAAAACUAGGGGAACCACCUAUUUGUGACCUGCUUGCUCAUCAUAUAACAAGAAAAAACAAUGUUCAUUUAUAUGUGUGUGUGAUCUGCUGUGCUUGGAUCAACUCUGGUUCAUUGUAUUCUAUGUAUAGUUAUAUUUUUAUAAAAGCUGUAUACCAGGGAAAUCUGAGGUCUUUGUUUUUUAAGUUGUACAAUUUGUUUUCAAUUUAUAGUUUUGCCAUUGAGACAAUGCAGUAUUUCAAAAAAUAUUUGUAUAAAAUUUAAUGUAAACAGUGUCAUACGGAACAUAAACAGUUUCUAAGACGA